UUAGCUGGAACUUCAGAUCAGAGCCAUGCGCUUUUGCAGCACUCGGGGUGGGGCCAAAGGGGCCACCCUGGCAGAAGCUCUUUGCACAGGAUAUGCUCCAGACGGAGGUCUCUUUGUGCCAGAGGAGCUACCACGUAUCUCAGAAACCACAUUGGCCUGGUGGGCUUCGUUGGACUUCCCUGCGCUGGCGCUGGAGCUGCUGACACUCUUCGUGGGCGACGAGCUGCCGCCGGAGGAGCUGGCGGAUGUGGUCCAUGGAAGCUACGUGAAUUUCUCCCACAAGGACAUCGUGCCGGUGAUCCCGUUAGCCGAGGCUGCGGUUGUGGCAGAGCUGUUCCACGGUCCCACCUACUGCUUCAAGGACCUAGGGCAGCAACUGCUGGUGCGUCUCCUGGCACGCUUUGCCGAGCGCGACAAGCAGAAGAAGACCUUCUUGGUGUCGACCACCGGUGACACGGGCCCCGCGGCAAUGCGUGCUGUGGCAGAUGCUGCAUCUGACUACCUGCAGAUCGUGGUAUUUUUUCCUUCUGGGCAAAUUUCAGAGCUUCAAAGGCGCCAGAUGACCACCGCUUCCACUGCGAAGGCCAAAGUUGCCACCUUUGAGGGCGGUGGAGACGACAUGGAUUUGCCGUUGAAGAGAUUGAGCUCGGACCGAGCCUUCGUGGAAAAGCAUGGGCUCUGUGGGAUCAACUCUUAUAACUUGGGCCGUCCGUUGGCUCAGCUUCCGCACUUCUUCUGGUCCUAUUUCCGCGCCGUGGAGCAGCUGGGCUUCGCCCUUGGGAGCCCGGUGGAUCUGGUGAUUCCCGGGGGGGCCUUGGGCAACACUGCGGCCGCAUUCAUGGCCAAGGAGAUGGGUCUGCCAGUGCAGCGCUUGAUCUGUGGAGUGAAUCAAAAUGACAUCACCCAUCGGACGAUCUCCAAAGGAGAGUUCCACCGGCACGAGUGCAUGUUCAAGACCCUAUCGGAUGCCAUCAACAUCCAGGUGCCUUACAACAUGGAACGUAUCUUCUACUACCUCACAGGUGAGGACAGGCUGCUGGUGAAGUCAUGGAUGGAGCAGAUGGAUUGCACCAGUCAGCUCACCCUACCAGAGGCAUGGCAUCAGAAGAUGCAGCAGAUCUUUGCGUCCGCACGCAUUGACGACGACGCCAUGUGCGAAGCCAUGAAAAGAUCGGUGGCAGAGUUCGGCUAUCUGCCAUGUCCCCAUACCGCGGUGGCACUAGGAGCACAUUUUGCGACGCCUGCGGACGUACCACGGGUGAUUUUUGCCACCGCUUCGCCCUGCAAGUUUCAAAGCUCUGUGACUACUGCCCUGGGGCAGGAAACCUGGAAGAACUACGAGGACAGCUCCAACUUUCCUCCAUCCGCUCGAAGUUUGUUCAGCAAGGAGGAAACUGAGCCCGAAAGAUUUUCUGCAAGAGACACGUUGAACAAUUCUCAAGAUGCCUGGGAACUUCGAUUACGAGAAAUUCUCGGAAAUUAAACAAAAAAUUAAAA